AUGUCCUGUGAUCUCACACUGGACCCAAACACAGCACACAGAAACCUCUCUCUGUCUGAGGGGAACAGAAGGGUGGAGAGGGUUAAAGAGGAGCAGCCGUAUCCUGAUCACCCAGAGAGAUUUGAUUUAGUUCCCCAGGUGCUGUGUAGAGAGGGUCUGACUGGGCGCUGUUACUGGGAGGUCGAGUGGAGCGGGCUGGCUGACAUAGGAGUGACAUAUAAAGGCAACAGCAGAAAAGGAGACGGUUCUUUCUGUGACUUUGGAUACAAUAACAAGUCCUGGCGUCUGGCCUGCCGUGGGAAUCAUUACAUUGCUCUCCACAAUAAUGAAUAUACUACUAUACCUGCACCACACCUCAUCAACCCUCCUCAACCCCAGGGAGACCUGUCCUCCUCCCCUUCACACCUCAUCAACCCUCCUCAACCCCAGGGAGACCUGUCCUCCUCCGCUCCACACCUCAUCAACCCUCCUCAACCCCAGGGAGACCUGUCCUCCUCCACUCCACACCUCAUCAACCCUCCUCAACCUCAGGGAGACCUGUCCUCCUCCCCUCCACACCUCAUCAACCCUCCUCAACCCCAGGGAGACCUGUCCUCCUCCCCUCCACACCUCAUCAACCCUCCUCAACCCCAGGGAGACCUGUCCUCCUCCGCUCCACACUUCAUCAACCCUCCUCAACCCCAGGGAGACCUGUCCUCCUCCCCUCCACACCUCAUCAACCCUCCUCAACCCCAGGGAGACCUGUCCUCCUCCCCUCCACACCUCAUCAACCCUCCUCAACCCCAGGAGUAG